UUAAUAAUAAUGAUAAAGAAUCAAUAAAAAUAGCCGAAAUGAAGAUUGAACAAUCACAACAACGAGAAGAUAUUAGUGUAGAAACAACUGAUAAUAAUGUUGUUACUGUUGUUGAUGGAUGUUUAUGUGAAAAAUCAUCACCAUCGAUAAUCGAUAAUGGUGAUGUAAAACAAGAUCAACAACAAUUAAUUACCGAUAAUUAUGAAUUAAAUGAUCGAAAUUUGGAUGCAACAACAACAACAACAUCAACAACAAUUAGUGAUACAGCAAGUGAAUCAUCAUCAUCAAAUAAUUCUGAUGAUAAUCAUGAUGUAAAUCAUCAUAAUCAUAUGGCCGGUAUUAUUAUGUGUAAUAAUCGUAAUCAAAAUGAAAAUGAAACGAACAAAAUUGAUCAUGAUCAUUUAAUUGAUAAUAAUAAUGGUGAUAAAGGUCAACAACAACCGUCAACAAUGAUACAAUCAACUGCCAAUCAUCAUCAUCAUCAAAUAGCACAACAACAACAGGUACCGUUUCCAUUAUUAGCAGGUGAAUCAUUGCAACAUCAUGAAACGACGAAUGAUUAUCAAAUUUUCUUGACAAAUUAUCGAUUUUUUGUAAAAAAUAUUAUUAUUCAACAUAAACGAUCAUCAAUAAUGAUACCAUCAUCACCACAACAGCAACAUUUACAAACAACGACACCAUCAACAAUUACAAUGAAUGGUGGUACUACAGCUGUUUGUUUUCAGAAUGGUAUAAAUGGUCAUGUAACAAUUAAAAAUAAUAAUAAUAAUAAAUCUCAUCUUAAUAAUAAUAAUAAUAAUAAUCAAUUAAAUUAUCUACAACAACAAAAUGAUCAUCGUACUAAUUAUCAUCAACAUUCGAAUGAUCAGCGGCAAGAAUUUUUUAUACCAAUCAAUAAUAUUGAUUGGAUAGAGAUACGUGACAUUUAUUUUCUUACAAUUUAUACAAAAUAUAUUGAAUCAUUUGUAUUGACGUUUGAUAAUCAAGAAUCAAUACAACAAUGGCAUAAACGUUUAUGUGAUAUACAACAGAUUGAUAUUAAUAAAUUGUUCUGUUUUCAAUUCUAUCGUGAAUUGGCCAUUGGCAUUGAUAAUAAUCAUCAUAAUAAUCAUAUUAUUAAUAACAAAUUUAUAAAUUUGUUUUCAAAUAAUCAAGAUGUGAUUGAAAAAUUAUAUCGCCAAUCUAAUCAUUUGAUUCAUUUUGAAUUUAAAAGAAUGAAUUUUAAAAAUAAUGAUGAUAAUGAUAAUGAUCAACAACAACAACAAUCAUGGCGUAUUUGUGAUUUGAAUAAAGACUUCAAGUUCUGUAAUAGUUAUCCAGAAUAUUUUAUUGUACCAGCAGAUAUAACAGAUAAAGAAUUGGAAUAUAUUGCAAAUUUUCGUUAUUCAAGACGUAUACCAGUAGUGGUUUGGCGUAAUCGUCAUAAUGGUUGUGUUAUAAUGCGUUCAUCACAGCCAGUUGUUGGUUGGUUUUUUGGCCGUUGUAAUCAAGAUGAAAAAAUGUUGCAAAAAGUAUUGAAAAUAUGUCAACGUGAUACACAAUAUAAUUAUUAUGGUGGUGGUGGUGGUGGUGAUAAUUUAAUGAUGACAACAACAAAAUUGACAAACGGUGGCAAUAUGAUUAAUAGUAAUGGAACUACAACACCUGCACUAUACAAUGGUAAUGGAAAUCAUAUGGAUCAUAAUCAAUCAAUUAAAAUGAAUGGUGGUGGUGGUGGUGAUGGUUUUAAAUUAUUGUCAAAUGGUGGUAGUACGACGACAACAACAGCAACGAAACAACAACAAACGAAUCAUUCCACUGUUGUUGAUCAAGAUUCUUCAAAUGAUGAUGAUAACGAUGAUGAUGAUGAUGAUGAUCAAUCAAAUAAUAAUAAGCUAUUAAUAUUGGAUGCAAGAUCAUAUACAGCUGCAUUUGCUAAUCGUGCAUUAGGUGGUGGUUGUGAAUGUCCAGAAUAUUAUACAAAUUGUGAUAUACAAUUUAUGGGUUUAAAUAAUAUACAUGGUAUACGGAAAAGUUUUUAUAAUUUACGUUAUAUAUGUGAAUCAUCACAGAUUGAUCAAUCAAAUUGGUAUACAUUAUUGGAUAAUACAAAAUGGCUUCAUAAUCUAGCUAGUCUAUUGAAAGCUGCCGUUGUUGUUGUUGAUGCAAUCACCAUACAAGAACGUCCUGUGCUGGUACAUUGUUCAGAUGGUUGGGAUCGUACACCGCAAGUUAUUGCAUUGGCUGAAUUAAUGCUUGAUCCAUUUUAUCGUACAAUUGAUGGUUUUAAAAUUUUAAUCGAAAAAGAAUGGCUACAAUAUGGUCAUAAAUUUGCUGAUCGUUGUCGUAGUAGUACAUUGAAUAUUGAUCCAAAUGAACGUUGUCCAGUGUUUCUGCAAUGGGUUGAUUGUGUUCAUCAAUUGGUCAAACAAUUUCCACGAGAAUUUGAAUUUAAUGUUUUCUAUCUGAUGAAACUUGUCUAUCAUUCAUAUUCAUGUUUGUUUGGUACAUUCACCUGUAAUACUGUUCAAGAACGUCGUUCAUAUCAGGUGUAUGAGAAAACAAUAUCAUUAUGGUCAUAUUUUGAAAUGAAUCGAGCCAAUUUUAUCAAUUAUCUUUAUUUGCCAACGCUUGAGGUAUUACGGCCUUCAUGUCGUGUAAAGGAUAUAAUAUUUUGGAAUGAAAUAUAUGUACCUGUAUCGAAUAAUGGAACCGAUGUAACGAAUAUGGCAAUAUCAUCAUGUAAUGGUAUUUGUAAUCAUCAUGGAACAGCAUCGACAGCAGCUGUUGUUUCAUUGAAUGCAAAUAAUGAACAAUUUGAUUGUCAACAUGAAACUAAAUGUCAAUCACAAUCUAAAUGUGAUCUUAAUCGUUCAGCAUCAUAUGAAAGUUUGGCCAAUUUUGAUAUGAAACAGUCACAGCCACCGCCAUCUACUAAUUACAAUGAUAGAAAUUUACCAUCAUCAAUAAAACAUUUUACAGAUACAACAAUAUCAUCAUCAUCAGUAACAAUAUUGAAUAGACAUUUAAGCGAUACAUGUCUAUUCAAAAGAUCAAAUCAAAUUUUUAAUAAUUAUGCAUUGGCAACAACGCCAUAUAUGACAAAUGGAUUGAUGAUUACAGAUAAUCGAAUUAAUUGUGAUAAUAAUGAUGAUAUGGACGAAAUGUCCAAACAUCAACCUCCCAUAAUGAAUGGAUUAGCCAACAAUAACAACAACAUCAACAAACAUCCGAAUAUGAUGAUGAGAAUGGUUAAUGAUAAUGGAUAUGAUAUUGAAGAUUGUCAUCUUUUAUCAUCAACAUUAUCAUCAUCACAAAAUAAACCUACUACAUAUGUUAAUUGUAAUGGAUCAUCAAAAACGAUGAUGAAUCAUCAGCCAAAUAAUUUAUCAACAACAACAACAAGUACAGAUAGUAAUUUGUCUACCAUAUUCGAUAUUGAUGGUCAAAUUAUUGGUCAUAAUAAUAAUAGCCGAUUACAGCUACAACAAUUGAUCAAUUAUCAUAAGAAUAUGAUCAAACGGCUAACGAGUCAAUUGAAUUUUAAGAAAUCAUAAAACUACGAAAAAAAAAUCCAAUAUGAUGACAAUACAUUCCAUAAUCGAAUCAAAAACGAUAUAUAAUGAUGGAAUGAUAUAUACCGAUAACGAUCAAUAAAACAAAAAAAAAACAAAAACAAAACCACAAA